AUCAGCCCUGGACUGUGCUUGGCAAAGUUUCAGUCUCGCCUCCUAACUGCAUCUAGAUGGAUCUACACUACUGAACGGCGGACGGACAUUUUAAGACAGGAGAAAAAUCUUGAUCAUUUUUUUUCCUGAUUUAUUUUUUUACGUGAGCCAAAUUGCGCAGGGAGAAUGGAGCCGGCACCAAGCAGCACCACCACCCAACCACCCCAAACCCAACACGAACCCAUUAGCUUUGGGAUUGAUCAGAUAUUGAGUGGUUCUGACCCAGAGAACUCCACGCAACAGCACAACACCAGGGAUUCGGAUACUAUUGCCAGCAGUUACCACCUGGGCAGCCCCGCAAGCACCACCACUGCCCCUUACUCAUUGCCUGGCCAGUUCCCUGGCAUCGGCUCGCCCUUCGAGGACUCUGGAUGCUACAGUGUGAAUCUGAGCCUGGCCCCGGCCGGCGUGAUUCGGGUGCCAGCUCACAGACCCAUACCCGGCGCAGUGCCACCCCCUAUCACGAGUGCCAUGCCAACCGUCCCGGGGUUCGGCAGCCUCAAUUUCCCUUGGAUGGAGAGCACACGGCGGUUCGCAAAGGACAGAUUCACUGCGGCUCUAACGCCCUUCACUGUGUCCCGGCGGAUCGGACAUCCCUAUCAGAACCGGACCCCACCCAAGAGAAAGAAACCGCGGACCUCGUUCUCCCGGGUGCAGAUCUGCGAGUUGGAAAAGCGCUUCCAUCGGCAGAAGUACCUGGCCUCGGCCGAGAGGGCGGCGCUUGCCAAGUCCCUCAAAAUGACCGACGCGCAGGUUAAAACAUGGUUUCAGAACAGAAGGACGAAAUGGAGGAGACAGACGGCGGAGGAGCGGGAGGCAGAGAGGCAGCAGGCAAACAGAUUGAUGAUCCAGCUGCAGCAUGAUGCCUUCCAGAAGUCCCUGAGUGACUCCAUCCAGCCGGACCCGCUGUGCAUCCACAACUCCUCGCUGUUCGCCCUGCAAAACCUGCAGCCCUGGGCGGACGAGAACGGCAAGCUGCAGCCCGUCACAUCACUGGUGUGAGAGACGCCCCUCUGCACAGACUCAGAAACAAAAACAAAAACUUAAAAAAAUAGAAAAAAAAAAUAUGUUGGUUUGUUUUUAUAAAUAAAACAAUUAAAAAAACUGCAUGAUUUCAAUGCAACCAAGACUUAUAAUCCAACCAAUGACAACCCCCUCCCUCCCACCUGUACCCAAAAUGGGCCUCCGUAGAUGGAUCCCCUGAACCCACACAUUCUCACUCCGAUUGUCAACACUGGAAGACUGCAACCCCAUUGAAAGCACCGUGACCUGCUCAUCACAUUUCCUCCACUCAUCUCAAUACAGGUUUUUAGAAGCACUGUUCAAACUAAACCUGGUUUUACUGUGGGCCCUCGCAAGCUCUCCCUGUGCAGCAAAGGAGACAGCGUUGACCAGGGAGGAAAGGAGAGGGGAGGGGGUUGCAAAGAGAUGUACCUGGAUGGUUUCCUUCUUCUUUUCUCCUUAGGAAAUGAUUCUCCUGACGAGCACAACAGCCGAGCUGCAGCAUCUCGUUUAAAACCUGGGUGUGGAUUCUGACACUUUAACAGCCAAGAAGGACUGUCUGUAAAUUAAACAAAUAAAUCUGUGGUUUGACUGCAGGGAAAGUAUAUUGGUAGCUAGGACAAAUAACUGGCUAGGAUGGAUAGACUGUUCUUUGAAAGCAGGUUAGCUUCCCACGCCUGGUACUAGUUAAACAAGUCAACACUAUUUCUGGUAUGGUGCAGAAUUCAAGUCUUGAUCAUUGUGUGCAUGUUGUUUAAGAUUAUUGUGACUACACUGGAACCUCAGUUUAACUGAACUUUGCAACCACAGUACUGCACUGGAAACCAUGUUGAGACCAUUGGCAUUAUUAUAGCAAUGUCACUGUGUGUGCAUUGUAACUACAAUUUAGACUCACUAGAAAUAUACAGAUAAUAGACAGCUAAAGUGCAGUCUAUCUACACUGCAGAUAUUUGUCCAGCCUCAGUUUAAAAAACUUUUUUUUUCUUCUUCUUCUUCUUCUUCUUCUUCUUCUUCUUCUUCUUCUUCUUCUUCUUCUUCUUCUUCUUCUUCUUCUUCUUCUUCUUAUUAUGUAUUUAUUGGAACUGAUAUGUGUUUUAAGUUUCAGAUGACAUUUUUAUUUAACUUUUUUUUUAUUAAAUUGUUACUAUUUGUAUUUAAAAUUUAAGAGAAUUACCAGCCCAUAACAGUGGGCUCAGUAAACAUGCAGCCUUGCUGUGUUCUUUCCUUUCCUUUCCUUGACCUGGUCACCACAGACUUAAAAGGCCGGAGGUACACCACCAAUUUCUCAUACUGGAACACGUUUAUGGGAAGUUAGAUGUGCCGAAUAUAAAGACAGCGAUAAAAAAAGAAGACGAAUAUAAGGAAUUAGCAAAUAUUUUUGGGAAAUCACCAGCGGAGGUGAAAGACAAACUGAAGAUAUUUUCCUUCUUCUGGACAAAUACCGAGUCCAGAGGUUCUUCAGGUUGUCUUUUACCUCGGCUGGUCCACACUCGAGUUUUCAAAAUGAUUCCAAUUACUAUAGCAGCUGCUUUACUGCAAACAGGUACCAUCUCAAAAUUGCUUAAAAUAAUUGUCAAUUUUCCAUUGUGCGUGUGGCACAUUUAGCAACAGCAACUCAGUUGUCAAUUUUUUGCUGUCAACUAGAAUCGAUAAUAAAAACAGUUAAUUGCUUGUGUAUCUCCGGCCUGGUAAAGGCCUGAUAAAGGCUAGAUCCACCAAAGGAUUUGUGGAGCUCUCACCAUUUAGUGCAUGGCUGCUGAGUUACUAUUGACAUAUACUGUAUAUUAUAUGUCAGUAGAACUCAAGGAACAAGGACAAGGAUGAGAAAGACAGUUACAACAGACCAGGUCAGCACAAAGCACCUAACACAGCUUUGUAAAAAAAAAAUUAAAAAAAAGAAUACUUUUUGAGCAAUAGCACUCGUCCUAAAAAGUCACUUUAAAUAUUCCCAGAAGCUCUCGUCUCUCCCGUUCUUAAACUGCUUAGCCUCUCAGGCUUCAAUUCAAUGUUAUUUAUGCUGUCACCUCUGUCAUAAUAGCAGCUUUAUAGAAGUACCAAAUAUUAAAACACACUAAAACUGGGAUGAUGAUCUUUUUUUUUUGGGCAAUUUUAAAAUGAACAUAACUGCAACCCUUUAUCCUUUUUGUAGUUACUUAGUUCUCCGUAAAGCUGCUACAAUAAAAGCAGUGCAAUACUUACUUAAAAAGAAUAUUCCCUGCCUCAGAAAUGGAUACAUGGUGGCACAAAUGAGAUUUAGAAUAGAACUUCUCCAUUAUGGUUAAAUGUAGUAUUGCUGGUUUUGAGUUAGAAAAUAAAUCUUUUCGAUUUAAGGACACAUAAAAAAAUAAAUAAAAACAACGCUUUAGGGUAUUAUGAAAGCUGAGGGAAGUUCCAGAGGUUUAAAAACUGCUGCUAAGGUUCUCGUUCAGCUGAAACGAAGACGCAAGAGAACCAUAAAGCAUAAAUUUCCGACAAUUUCUUCAAUCAUCUUUAUGUCGACAUGGAUAUGCAGUGAAGUGGACCAUUGUUUUCACUUCAGUUGAUUCAUUAUCAAUUCAUGCAUUUUUUAGUGGCAAUACGAUGUUGCAUUGAUUCGUUUGUGUUUUCCCUGUAGAUUCAUUCGACAGAACUGGUCUCCGAGACCUGUGUUGUCAGCAAUCAGGAUGAUCCCAUGCUUUUACCCCUUAACUUCCAGCCAUGUUUGAAACAGCUGUCUGUGCAAAGUCCAAACCAUGUAAUUUCAAGAACAUGCCAUCAGUCUGCCUCCAGGUUUAUUCCAGCUCAGGACUUUUGGGCGUAAUCAAAAUUAUUUUCAGUCAGGUGGCUGUACGGGGCAGUGUGUCUCCCCCAUGGCCAUAAUGAAAAGAGAAUAGACAUUUCUUAGUCGAUAAGGGGUCUCUUUAAAUAAAGAAGUUUAACUUAAAAUAAUAAUGACUUGAAUUAAAUAGAUACAGGUCUUAUAAAACUAUAGUGUUUCUAUAGUGUUUCUAUGGUGUUGAUUAAAUCCAGACCUUUCCUCAUAAUGUUGCAGGUUAUAAAGUUCUUCCUUUCUCCAGUCUACCUUGUCCCGGCUGGGGGAUUGUACAGUCAAAAGGAUCAGGGCAGGGCAGCUGUUUGGCACCCUCUGUAGCUUUAGGAAAAAUUGUCCUCUGUUUUUCUAUCCUGGACUGUCCUGGGACAAGAGCUUGACCGCUGUCUGAGAGGCAGAUAAAAGAAAUACAGAAAAUCUUUAUUUCAUUUUGACUUUAUUUAAAUUUUAAAAUGUGCAGAGUUUUAAAGUCUUCUCAAUGUGUGGGGUUGUCAUAAAUAAAUGUAUUAUACUUUGUAUUUGAUAAAUAUGUAAAUAAAAAAGUUUUUUUUCUUUAAAAAUAAAGAACUUUGUGCCA